GCAUGCUGUGUCUUACAUAAUUUUAUGAAUGUCAAUAACGAUGAAAUGAACCUUCAAUGGUUGCAGAAUACAAACAAUAAUCCGCAAAGACAACAACCAGAACAUUCAACGCAAAUAGAUAAUUUGAGAAGUUCACCUUCAAUCAUACGAAAUGCCAUCAGCAUGCAUUUAUCCCGCGGCCUAGAAGUAGAAGAAGUAGCGAUUGGUGAAGUGGAUUCCGCAGAUGGAUUGUCAUUGAUGUCCAAUGGGAUGAGGAAUAUCUUGACCUGGACCUUGAUCUCGACCUCAACUCGUCAGAAGCCAGAAUUGCGUCCGUUGAAAUGUCAUUAUCAUCUACAAAUUAAAAUAAUAUACAUAUCUGUUAGUUGA